CUUGGCUCCAUGACACGAGCUCCAUAUAAGGCAGCGAUCUCCAUAGUAACGUGUCAGUUUGAAUAGUAAGUGUCAAAGUUCACUAUAUACAGACAGUCGCGCACAUCCCCCUUUUCGGAAACGUUGCUCCGCUGCUCUCCCCGUGUAACCGCAUCCAUUAGUACAUGUGACUCGGACUUCUCUGCUUGUAUCGCACAUUCUAAUUGCCGGCUGGGAUUGGUUUUUUUUUUUCCUUUUCAUUUCCCCCCUUUGCCUCCCCGGCUCCAUUUGAUCAGCAGCAGAACUCCAGGAGCAGCAGCAGCGAGUGCUCCAGCCUAUUGUUACUAUUAGUACUGCUCUUAUUCACAAUCGCUGCUCCACGAGGACUUUUCCUGCGACUUUUUUGUGUUUUAUUGGUUUUUUUUCCAAGUGACUUGAGAAGCAGAAAGGACAGAGGAGCCGGCGGCACAUACAGUCGCCUUCUCCUUGUUAUUGGGCCACAUGGGAUAAGCCGAGCUCUGCUGUCGAUGCUGCUCACGGGUCGGAACCUCCAGUCGGUGUCUGUGACUUCUGUACGAAUGAGACAACAACUGCCGCGGUUAUUUCUCCAUCGCUGCCAAUAAUAAAGGGACUAUUUGGCGAGGGAGGGAAGCGGCUGAUCUGCUGUUGGAUGAGGCUGAUUCCCAGGACUGGCUCUAUGAAUGGCUGACUGCAUUUUGCCCUGGAUUUGGCCCCCGGAUACUUACACCCCCUGAUCGGUCCCCCCCACCCUCCCACCCCCUCCAAACAUUUAUUCCCCUUCUUCACCCUCCCUCCUGUCACCCAAGGCCUCCAGCUCACCGAUCCGUCCUGCACAGUUGGCUCCUGCUCGCCCUAUGUCUGCCGAGCUCUGCAUUACCGGCGAGAUUGGGGCUGCGAAACCCACCGCCUCCCCAUCCCCAGCCUGAACCCUCCUCCUGCCGCCUUGCAGCCCGGAGAGCAGGGGAGGAGGACCAGCACUUCCACACUCAGGGGAGGAGGACCAGCACUUCCACACUCAGGGGAGGAGGACCAGCACUUCCACACUCAGGGGAGGAGGACCAGCACAUCCACACUCAGGGGAGGAGGACCAGCACAUCUACACUCAGGGGAGGAGGACCAGCACAUCUACACUCAGGGGAGGAGGACCAGCACUUCCACAGUCAGGGCGGGGUGGGGGGCACAGUUCCAGCCGCACUUGCAGCGCCCAGUUGGGGACACAAAACAUCAUUAGCUCCCCAUUUCGCUGUUCAAGAGACAGGGGGAAAUCCCUUGAGCCCAAAUCCAAGGAAACGGCUCCCAUUAGCGGCCAGCACCACGGCAGACACAGCCAGCAGCUUCUUCUUCUCCUCCAGGAUCAAAUCCCCCCAGACCGCGGCCAUCAGCUCGCUCUCCAGCACUUUGUGGGCCCGAGAUAUGGCAAUGGUAGUCAGCGGCUGGAGAGAUCCGCAGGAGGACGUGGCCGGGGGGAAUCCGGGAGGCCCAAAUCCGGGGGUCAGGGAGCAACAACAAGCGCCCUCCGCCGCCCCCCACACGCCGCAGACCCCAAGUCAGCCGGGACCUCCAUCCACUCCGGGUGCGGCCGGGGACAAGACGGGGCAGAGUCAGCACAUUGAGUGCGUGGUGUGCGGGGACAAGUCCAGCGGGAAACACUACGGACAGUUCACCUGCGAGGGCUGCAAAAGUUUCUUCAAGAGGAGCGUCCGGCGGAACUUAACGUACACUUGUCGCGCCAACCGCAACUGCCCCAUAGACCAACAUCACCGCAACCAGUGCCAGUACUGCCGCUUCAAGAAGUGCCUGAAAGUGGGAAUGAGGAGGGAAGCGGUACAGCGAGGUAGGAUGCCUCCGACCCAGCCGAACCCAGGCCAAUACGCUCUCACCAACGGCGACCCCUUGAACGGCCACUGCUACCUGUCCGGAUACAUCUCUCUGCUGCUGCGGGCCGAGCCCUACCCCACGUCCCGCUAUGGAAGCCAAUGCAUGCAGCCCAACAACAUCAUGGGCAUUGAGAACAUCUGCGAGCUGGCGGCCCGGUUACUGUUCAGCGCCGUGGAGUGGGCCAGGAACAUCCCUUUCUUCCCGGACCUGCAGAUAACUGAUCAGGUGGCUCUGCUGCGACUGACGUGGAGCGAGUUGUUUGUGCUGAACGCGGCGCAGUGCUCCAUGCCGCUCCAUGUGGCCCCUCUCCUGGCCGCUGCUGGACUCCAUGCUUCCCCCAUGUCCGCCGACAGAGUGGUGGCCUUUAUGGACCACAUCAGGAUCUUCCAGGAGCAGGUGGAGAAGCUGAAGGCCUUGCAUGUAGACUCGGCCGAGUAUAGCUGCCUUAAAGCCAUCGUCCUCUUCACACCAGAUGCCUGCGGCCUGUCAGACGCUGCGCACAUUGAGAGCCUACAGGAAAAGUCGCAGUGCGCCCUGGAGGAGUAUGUUAGGAGCCAAUACCCCAACCAGCCCAGCAGAUUCGGAAAACUACUUCUAAGGCUCCCAUCCUUGCGCACAGUCUCCUCUUCUGUCAUCGAGCAACUCUUCUUCGUGCGUUUGGUAGGUAAAACCCCAAUAGAGACACUAAUAAGAGACAUGUUAUUAUCUGGAAGUAGUUUCAAUUGGCCUUACAUGCCCAUCCAAUGCUCCUAGGGAGCCGCCUUGGGACUCUCACUUGGACCUCAUUUGGCCACACUGCUCCAAUGAUGCUAGGCUUAAUUAAUAAUACAUUUUUUUUAAAAAUAAAUAAAUAAAUCCAUUCUAUCUGGAGGACUCUUCUGGAAAAAGGACCAUGGGAAAUCUAAUAUAAAGCGAGGAAACUGAGCCACUUGGAUGUACUAUGGACCGAUGUGGAUUGGUCUGUACAGAAUGGCAAGGACCCCGUGCAGACACAAGCACUGACUACUCACCAGGAACAUUUCCUGGCCAUUUUGUAAUAUAUAUAUAUAUAUUAGUCUUUAUUUUCUUUUUUUUAUGUCCAGUUGAAAGCAAUGUAUGCGCAUAAAGAACAACACAAAAGCAGAGAUACGAAAAUGGGGACAUCUUGUGUUUUCCCAAUAAUUAUAAACCAGAAACUCGUCCUGUGUCUAUGUAUCUAUAUCUGUUUUGUAUUUUUCUGGUUCCAAACCAGGUCUCCUGUAAUUCUAUACUAAUAAUUUUUGAUAUAACCCUUUUGCUUCUUAUAAUGACUGCGAUAUAUGUUGUCCAGGCGUCAAUUCUUCAAGAAUUAAAAUUGAAGUGAGAAUUUAAACAGAAUAAAAAGACUUUAGCAAAAUAAUUGGUUU